UGGAAAGUGAAUACCGAACCGGAGGGUCGUCCUCUGUCUCUCUGGAAAAAUUUUUUGUUUUUAAUUUUUGCUUUUUUUUAAUAUCUUUUUACUUUAAACAACUUCCUUCGAGACACGAGAAAGCCGCUGUAAAGGCAGGAACUAUGGCUUACGACGACGUCAUCAUAAGUUUAGGACAAUUUGGGAGGUACCAGAAGCGAAUAUACCUACUUCUAUGCCUACCGGCGAUAUCCUGCGCCCUCCACAAGCUUUCCGGGGUAUUUCUUCAGGCAAAAGUAGCCCAUAGAUGCCGCAUGCCAUGGGAAGAUGACAACGCUAUAUACAAUAUAACAGAGGGCUUGAAGGAAAUGUCGUACCCUUUUGACCCUACCUUUAACCAAUGGUCGUCUUGCCUUCGAUAUGACAUUAACGACACAGAUUAUUUACUAACUCACUCUAAUGAAACAAUAAGUUGUUCCGAGUGGGUAUAUGAUAAUUCCAUUUAUAAAGGAACAACAGUUACUCAGUGGGACUUGGUUUGUGAUAAAGCCUGGCUAAGGGCUACUUCAGAUGCUCUUUUAAUGGUUGGAGUUAUGCUAGGGUCGAUCAUCUUUGGCGACUUAUCGGACAGGGUUGGACGCCGUCCAAUAUUUUUUAUAUCACUAGUUCUUCAAGUAGUUUUUGGAAUACUUGUCGCUAUUGCACCAGAUGUGUAUUCGUACAUGAUCGCAAGGUUGAUCGUUGGUUCGACAACAUCUGGCGUUUUUCUCGUAGCUUAUGUAAUUGCAAUGGAGAUGGUGGGACCAAAGUUUAGAAUGUUUGCCGGAGUUGCGUUUCAGUUGUUUUUCACUGCCGGUUUUGUACUAACCGCAGGCUUCGCUUAUUUAAUAAAAGACUGGAGAAUGCUCCAGUUGGCACUGACUCUUCCAGGGAUUGUGUUCUUUUCCUACUGGUGGUUCAUUCCAGAAUCAGUUAGGUGGCAGUUGACAAAAGGAAAAACAGAAGAGGCAAGGGAUACACUUGCCGCUGUAGCUAAAGAAAAUAAAAAACACCUGGAUGAAAAUCUUGUUAAUGAUCUAUUUGCACAAACAGAAGCAGAAAGAAAAAGCAAUAUAUCUAAAGGAGAAAAGCCCUCAUUGUUUGACUUGUUCAAACACAAAAAUCUUAGGCAAAAAUCACUUGUUAUAUUUUUUUUAUGGUUUGUUAAUAGUGGUACCUAUUAUGGUCUGUCAUGGAAUACAUCCAAUUUAGGAGGAAAUGAAUAUGUGAAUUUUAUCAUUUCUGGUGCAGUCGAAGUCCCUGCCUACCUUUUUCUAAUUUUUACUUUGGAUAAAUGGGGCAGAAAGAUAAUUCUCUGUGGGGCCAUGAUUGUUUCAGGAAUCUGUCUAUUAGGGACAGUAUUCGUGCCAAAAGAUAUGGAGUGGCUGAGCAUUACCCUGGCAAUGGGAGGAAAACUAGCCAUCACCGCUUCAUAUGGAACUGUGUAUGUAUUUACUGCUGAGCAGUUUCCGACAGUUAUAAGAAACGUAGGUCUUGGCGCUGGAUCGACGUUUGCAAGAGUGGGAGGAAUUUUAGCCCCAUAUGUCAACUAUAUGGCUGAAAUCUGGGCUCCUCUACCGUUGAUUAUCUUUGGAACAAUGGCGCUUGUGAGUGGCUCUUCAGCUUUGCUCCUCCCAGAAACUUUGAACAGAAGGUUACCAGAGACAAUUGAAGAUGGUGAACAGUUUGGAAAAAAGGCCAAAGACAAGGAAGUCGCAGCUCCAGAAGAGGAAAUCGCACUCAAGGAUCAAAAGACAUGAGAUUAAUUUAAAUUGAACUGACCAGACUGAGCAUUUUAAUUUUAAAUGGAUCUCAACAGAGCCAAAAAAAAUUAAAAACUAACUGAAACACAUCUUGCUUUUAUUAAGCGAGCAAAAACUAAUUGCCUAUAUUUACUUUUCUAUUACUUUGUGUUGAAAUAGAACUUUUAUACUUUUAUAAUUUAAAAAAUAUAUCAGAUAUCUAAUUUAUCAGUGUACAUAUAUCAUGUGAAAUAAACAAAAAGGAAAGGCAACUUUUUUUGCCACUUGAAUUAUUUCUGUGUGCCUUGA